AACAUGGAAAUCUUAAGAUUGGCACAGGCAAAAAGAAAUAUUAACAGCUUGAACAUGGACCUGGAGAGGGAUAUGCAAAGAAUAGAUGAAGCAAACCAGGAUCUUCUUCUCAAGAUCCACGAGAAAGAGAGUGAGAUUCAGAGGAGAAGAAGAAUGGAACACUGGUCCAGAUUUACAAAGAAAAUGCAAAACACACCCUGGUAUGAACAAGGCAAUCUAGAGGAAACUCCGGAAGAGUCCAAGUAUAGGUUGCAACAGCUGGAAAUGUCCUGCACAGAACAAGAGAUGGAGCUGACCAAGAUAAUGGGACACUACACGUUUGUGGUCCAGCUCUGUGAAGACCAGGCCCUCUGCAUAAAGAAGUACCAGGAAACUUUGAGGAAAAUACAAGAAGAACUGGAGACUCGAUUCCUUGAGAGAGAAGUAUCAAAAGCCUUGAGCAUGAACCCUGCAGGAAAGGAGUGUAACCAUCAAAAUGCCGAGGAUAAUGCUGUAAGGAAGAAAGGAAUGAUAUUCUGUAAAAGGAUUUCUCGAUGCCUCUUUUUCACCCUCCUAUUUUUCAUCAGACUUCUGGGCUACAUGUUUUUCCAUAUAAGUUAUAUAAAUCCAGAUCUCCUGAUCAGCAUACUGCCCAGGAUAUUGAACCGGAGCAUUUUGUGGAAGCUAAGAUGUUUCCUCUUUCCAUCUCUCACCCUGGAGACAGAGGACAUGUUACCUCACUGA